CGCUCCACAGGACGCAGUUCGUUUCACUCGUCGUAUACUGCUCGCAAUGGUCCAGAUCUUGCGUUCGAUCGCUGCAGUGGCAUCUCUUGCUCUGAGCAUGUAUGCGAUCAACGCUGUUGCCGAAGAGUUGUGCUCCAUUGCCCCCUUAUCGUACGCCACAGCCAAGACGGACUACCCUGACGUCGCGUUCGCCAUCAGUGCCGUGGAAGAGUAUUCCAUUGCUGCCUGGUACACGGAUCGCCUAUCGACAACCGACAGAGCUAAGAUGCUCAAAGAGAUCACUACUAAGUGCUCGGAAGACUCACGGAUGACUAUCGUUGUCUAUGGUAUUCCGAACAAGGACUGUAACGCCGGAUACUCGUCUGGAGGUGCCGUCUCCAAUACCGCCGAUUACAAGGCCUUCCUGUCGGAUCUGACAACCGCUGUCGGUGACCGGAAGGUCCUCUAUGUUGUGGAGCCGGAUGCCCUUGGUCUUCUCGCCGAAGACGGUGGCUGUGGCUCCAAGGCUGGAUACCUCGAAAACCUCAAAGUGGCUAUUAAGGCCCUUUCCGCGAACGCCAACGCCGAGCUGUACGUGGAUGUUGGCUACUGGACUCUUGAGUACGAGGGGCAGCGCUCGAAGGUGGUGACUAUCAUGAAGGAGCUUGCUGCGUCUGGCACUCUCAAGGGUAUCGCUAUCAACACGUCCAACUACCGUUCUACCUCUCAAAUCUCCGAGCUGUGCUCCAACUUCCAAACUGCCAUAGGAUCGAAGGAUAUGGCUUGCAUUGCUGAUACCAGCCGAAACUAUGUAGCGCCUACAACUACGGACUGGUGCAACGUCCUCGCGGCAGGUAUCGGAGCUCCGCCCACGUCGGAGACCAACGUCUCGAAUUUGGACUAUUUUAUGUGGAUCAAGCCGCCCGGAGAGAGCGAUGGCACGUGCAACGGUGGACCUGACGCCGGUAAAUUCUUCGAGACGGGUUUCCAGAAGCUGUGGGACCAGGGCUACUUCGUCAACAAGCUCGGUAUGAACACUAUCGCAGAGGGUGGCACCGACACCACGUCCUCUCAGACUCAGACGACGGCGUCCCAGACUACGGACAGCAGUGGUUCUGAGCAGACGACGGAUGCCAGCGCCUCCCAGACGACGGACGCCAGCGCCUCCCAGACGACGGACACGACGUCUUCCGGGAUGACUGAUGGUAGCGAGGCCCAGACUACGGACGAUACCGCCUCCCAGGAUACUCAGGACGCUGGUAGCGCCACGGAUGAGCCCGACACUACGUCGCCCAACGUCACCGGAAGUAGCGAGUCUCAGGAUACUGGAAGCAGCGUACCUGAGACCACCGAGACCACGGAGACUAACACUGCCCCACCGACGGAGACACCGACUGUGACGCCUGAGGCUCCUGUUGCCCAAACUAGCAACUGCAAGGUGAGGCGCCGUGUCCGCAAACUCUAAACUUUUGAUUUGAGCUUCGUCGUGCAUGUAGUCAAGGGCUCCUUGUCGUCUCGUAUAUUUGUACAGCAUCCGCGAAAAUGCUACAGUUCUUGUCUCCGAUUUCAUAUCCGAAGUUGUGGUGGUUGUUAAAUUUCGUGAAAUGAGU